AUGCGUAGAACAACUGAUUGUUUUCGUGUUCCUCCAUCUUCACCACUGGAUAUUUAUUCUACAAUUGAUGGUUACACAAACAUUGAAUCCACCAGUUUAUGUCCUCCAAACGAGUUACCACUGAAAGAUGUUAAACUGAGACGUGGUAAAUCUGAAAAUUGUAAAGAUUCUUUAAAAAGUUUCCAUAGAGAAUUAGUUUUACGUUUGAUGAAAGAAGUUCCACAAGCUACUGAGUCUGAAUGCCAAGCUGUACUAAUAGGCAGCAGUUAUGAUUAUGAAGAAGCUACUAGGAGGUUAAAAUUUGAAUUACUAUGCCGUAAAGGUUAUGUAUCUCGAUCACAUAGUAAACGUUUGUUACAUAAAUAUAAUUGGGAUUUAGAUGCAGCUAUUUCACGAGCUCAUUAUGAAUAUGAAUUUCGAAAAUUAAAACGUCAAGAAAAAGAACAAAUACUAUUUGAUGAUAUAGAUCAAUUAUCAUAUUUUAAUCAAACUAAAGGUUGUAAUAAAUAUUUAACACAUUCAUCAACUUCAUCAGAUUCUUCUUUAUCAAAUUUACCAUGUUCUGUUAAUCAUCAAUCAGUUAUUUCACCAUGGUAUGAUGAAGGUCGAAGAAGUAAUCUAUUUUAA